AACCAUAAUCAUGGCUCAAGAGCCCUCCUCCGAAACCCUAGAUUCCCCCACUUCACCCACCUCCCUCUCCCGCAGCGGAUCCUUCAGUCGCCUCAACGCCCGCGCUCCCGAGUUCGUCCCCACCCCCCGCGGCUCCUCCUCCUCCUCCUCCUCCGCCUCCUCCGCCUCCGCCCCCUCCUCUCGCCCCGAUCUCCAGCCUCCCCCUCCCCCUCCGCCCCAGCAGCAGCAGCAGCAGCAGCAGCAGCACCGCCUCUCCGUCCCCCCGCCCCCGCCCCCCGGCGUCCUCCACCCCCACGUCUACCCACCCAGCCCCAGCCCCCCUCCCUUCCACUUGCUCCCGAUGCAGAGCCCCUUCCACCACCCCCACCCUCCCCCCGCCGUCCAGUACCACCCCCACCCCCACCACCAUCCUCACAGUCAGUUCUACGGCGGCGCGGAUCAAGACGCGGCGGUCGUGCACAAGGGACGCGGCGGCGAUCACCCUAAUCCCAACCCUAAUCAUCACCAGCAUCACCAUCAUCAUCAGCCCAAGCAUAAGCAGAAGCAAGCUCCCCCGGAGCAGGAUCAGGGCGCCCCCUCCAAGAACGGCAUCUCCGAUGAAGCCGUCCAGAAGGUUCUCAAUCAGGUGGAGUACUAUUUCAGUGAUAUAAACUUGGCUACCACCGACCAUCUGAUGAGGUUCAUAAGCAAAGAUCCCGAAGGAUAUGUACCGAUAUACGUUGUUGCUUCCUUCAAGAAGAUCAAAGCCCUCAUUACUAGCAAUCCCCAGCUUUCUUCUAUUUUGCAGAACUCGUCAAAACUUGUAGUUAGUGAAGAUGGGAAGAAAGUUAAAAGGCGGUAUCCUAUGACCGAGUCAGACAUGGAGGAGCUCCAAUCACGAGUCGUCAUUGCAGAAAACCUACCAGAGGAUCAUUGCCACCAGAACCUUAUGAAACUUUUCUCUGCAGUUGGGAGUGUGAAGGCAAUUCGUACCUGUCAGCCUCAAGCUUCCAAUGGUGGAGCUUCUUCAGCACCCAGAACAGGAAAGGUUGAUGGCAUGCAUUAUACUAACAAGUUGCAUGCUUUUGUGGAAUAUGAAUCUAUCGACCUAGCCGAGAAAGCAGUUGAAGAGCUAAAUGAUGAGGGGAACUGGAGAAGUGGCCUAAGGGUCCGUUUAAUGCAUAGACGCGGGUCAAAGCCCUCUCAAGCACGGGGGAAGAGACAUGAUGGAGAAGAACCCUGGGAAGAAGAAGAUGCUUCUAUAUCUGAGCAACAACCAUCUGAGAAACAACUUGAAGAGUCUUUUGAGCAAUCUGAUGCUAACUUCCAGGGGAAUAUGGGGGAGGAGAAUGCCACCGAUAGGGAGGGUGGGCAGAGGAGAGGGCGGGGCCGUGGCCGGGGAAGAGGGCGUGGAAGAGGUCAAUACCAUCAGAAUAAUCGGGGAAAUCAUUUGGGGACACCUUCUAUGAACAAUCUCACCAGUAAUGAGACUGCAACUGUGGCUAAGCAGCCUCCGGGACCUCGCAUGCCAGAUGGAACAAGAGGAUUUGCAAUGGGUCGUGGGAAGCCAGUCUCAGUUAGCACCACAUGACCACGUUACCCGAUUGAACUUUCAACUGCCACGGGGAUUCACCAAAUUGCAUAUUAAGAGGGAUCAGUAGUCGUCGUCUUGUGUGUGGUGUUGAGGGCUAUCAAUCCAUGUGAGCUCACGCCAGGGUUGGUUAAAAAAAGGAUAUGUUCUACUGCAAGCUUCUCUCAUAUUUUUGGAGACGAUGUACCGGUCCAGAACUACUUUAUAUUCCUGUUCUCGGGCUUUUAUCAUGUAGAAAGGAAAAUACAAAAGUAAAAAGAGCAUGAAGUGAAAAAGCAAAAAACAGUCCAUGAACGUUUACAUAGAAAUAUAAGGGUUUGCGGAAUGGCUUUUCUGAGAU